AUGCAUGCUAAGGUUAGGGCUUUAUAUAAAGAACUAAUCUACCUUGCUCGCUUCCACCCCAAUGAGAAGAAACUAAAGGACAGCAUCAAGGCAGGCUUUCUCAAGAACAAAAAUAUAAGCUCAGAAAAUGAAACUGAACUUUUCGGAGCGUUGGCCCACGGUCGCUACAUGUGUCGUGAAUUGACUAGCCUUUACGAACUCCAAACGUACAGAGCCGUAAAGAGGAAAUAUUAUACAUAG